AUGAUUUGCUUGAUAGGCUGUUCCUUAGGCAUCAUGGCUGCAGCUUUGUCGCCAUUCGCGUCUACGAAAGAAACUACCAACUAUGCAAGGCUAUGCCGCCUCUUGGUAGAUGUUGGAUCUCAGGUGCUUCAGUCCACUUUUGACAAAAUACAUCCACCAGCGACUCUACAUACAGUUUUGGGAAGUACCUCAGUGCAUUUCGCCACAUUGCAAUCACUGUACGAAGGGAAGAAGAAGGUGCUGAAUCCCACGCAAUGGGGGAAGUUGUAUCCUGCUCAUUCACCCGUGGCUUCUGCAGCCUUCGACAUAACGCUGCUAACAGUGCUUCUUAGAAAUAUAUGUGGUUUGAGCCCUCCUGCCACUGGUUGGGAUCGUCUUCCCCCAGCUGCAAACAUAAGCAUCACAGAUGACAUAGCCAGAGUGAAGUAUUACAGGAACACUGUAUACGGCCAUGCUUCUCAAGCCUCUGUGGAUGAAAGUAUUUUCAGCGUUUACUGGCAGGAAAUACGAGAAGCUUUGGUGAGACUGGGAGGAUCUCAUUUAAGAGCUGAAAUCGACAAUCUUGAGCACGAUUGCAUGGAUCCAGAUAUCGAAGAGCAUUAUCGUGAACUGAUGAAACAAUGGAAGAAAGACGACGACAGCAUCAAAGACAAGUUGGAAGAAAUUGAAGGUUAGAAAACAUUGUCCACUGCCAAUACGGAUGAAUCAGAAGGCUAGAAAAGUGUAUAUUUUCAGUAAACACGGCAGUGAAGGUUAGCUCAUGACUUUUUCAUUUUGGACGGAGCUAGUCACAUAUUUGGAAAAUUUUUUCUAGUGUUAUAAGUGAAAAAUGAAGAAUUAACCCAAAUGUUGACACUGUGUUUUCAUUUGCAGUACUUUUGUCUGUUCGUGGGUACUACUGCUGGAGUGCAUUUUUGUGAUUUCUAAGCGUCUUAUUAAGUUUGAUCUAUUCGGAGUCGACCAGAUUUUGAUAUACGUAUCAUUUUUUAUCGGCACCAAAACGUGAAUCUGUGAUGUAAAUGUGCUUAUGAGAUUGCACUUAUCUUUCUUACAUUUCCAGAUUUGCUAGGUGACCUCGGAAACAAAACUGAGAAGAUAGAAAUUGAAAUGAAGGAAGUUAAAGAGACGAUUAGUAGCCUGACGCUUACAAUGGAAAAAAGCACAGAUGAAGGUUGGUUGCCAAAAAGAGCUACUCACCGAUAAACUGAACUAACAACAGUGAUUCCGUUAACUUGAGUACAUAACACAUCUAAGCAUGAACACUUUAUUCCCUCAAUGUUGGCCGAAUUAGCAUUUUUGUGGUAAUGUAUUAUUGUAAGAGUCCUCCAUUGCUACCAACCUACUCUGGCUACAAAUGAAGAUACUAUGUAAUCCAUAGGAUGAAUGGGAUGACACAGAAUCUGACCUCUUGGGUUGAAUAGUUUUCUGACAGCAUGCAUACACAUUUGGCCGAGAAGGGUUAUUGACUUAUUUUAGUUUUACUUUUGUUCAAGAAAGAAUGAAUCUAAUUUCCUAGACCGUUAUAAAGGAACUGCAUAUUGUUGAACAAACUAUAGACGACAACUCAUAAUUUCUUGUAAAGUAUUCCAUUCUACAUAUGGAAGAAUCGCUGAUUGAGGGUCGUCUUAGUUAAAAGGGACAGGAUAAGGUGUAUGUGGUUAUUUUACAUUUCCCGAGUUAAAGACUGUGGGCGAAACCUCACACCUCAACGGAGGCGGACCUCCGGUUUUCUCUAGCGUUUUUCUUUUUCUCAUAAUUAAAUACGUGAAAAAGAGGACGGAAAAGCGUUCUUUGGCAUUCGUUAAUUAGUUCUUGCAAUGUCGCUUUUUACCGACAAAUCUCUUAAUCAGACUAUCGGCUCCAAUGAUAUCAAUAUUUAUCUUUCGCGUAAUAAACUUUACGACAGAGUUUCAACAGACACAGCUGAAGCCGAGCCAUAUCUUCUUUAGAAUGUUGAAUAAUUUUAACCCCUAACACCCUAACAUUAAUAUACAUUAUCUCUAUACUGUCCUCUUUACAUUUCCUAUGAUGCUGACAAGAAGAAUCGAGAGUUUUUUGUUGGUGAUCACUUCCUUGAUUCUCAUAACCUUAAUGUGUGAUUCAGGGGUGACAUUGUUAGGAGAAAUUAGGCUUACAACAAACAAUAGAGGCAAGGGAAAGGAUCUAUUAAGUUAACUUUUCUUUCAUUUAGUAAAGUGACUUUUUGUCUCACUCUGACUAAAAGUUCUAAUAUUAUUCCAUCGUCAGAUACUACGAAAGAGUCUCUCGAGAAAAUAAUAGGCGAAAUGGCAAAGAUGGACAGUGAACUUAAAGAAGUGAAGAAAAAGAUGUGUACUUCGACAGCCCCAGUGGGAGAAAGCAGGAAUGAAGGUUAUUUGAACUUUAAGAUAAAAGUUAUCCUGCUUAACCGGAUAUUUAGCCGUAGUCAACAUGUCUUGUAUGUGAGAGAGAGAGAGAGGUCAUCGUAUCUUAAGAGAUUCAGUUUUUCAAUUUAAACAGUUUCUGGAAUAAUCUCUACAAUCUCCUUUUAUUGCCUUCAAUGCUUCAAGUGUGGAGCGUGGGUCACAACUAGGAAAAUGUCGAGUUUGUCGCUCAAAACCGUGGGUCCAUGACAGUGUGACAUCAUUAAUGAUGGAACCAAAUUUGCAGAAAGGAAGGCUAGUUUAUUGGGUUCCGUGUGCUAAAUCUCGGAGGAACUGCAAUAAUUCUUUCAGAGUGUAUGCGUGUUGUUUCGUUAAUAUGAAUACUGUGACGUAUUUUAACUUGUCUGGGUGUCCUUUUAAGCGACGCGAUAUGUCUGUUAUGACUAGAGUGCCAAAUUUUAUUCUUUAAUUUGCAUCCUCUCCACACUGUGCAUAGUUCAUAAUCUGAUAUUUCAACGUAAAUCAUCGAGAAGGUGCCUUUCAAUCAGCUUUUUUUACUUUGUAAGUCGCGCAAGCAUCAUGACCGAUUACGUUUAAGCAACGUUUUAGGACAACUCGGAAUCUAUUCUCCAUUCAGUUGCUAUGAAAACCUAAAAUCUUCGACGUGGAAGAUAAACGAACGAAGUUUGAAAGGUGGAAAGGAGAUCUAAGUCAAUUUUCAGAAUUAUACAAAUAAUCUUUGACACUAGCGCAAUUGAGCAAGCACAUGGAUUUGCGUUGUUUUUAAGAUGUUGGUUGAUGGAAGCCAGGGAUAUACCUGCGGGUUUAAGGCAAUCCAUGACCUAAUUUGUGUCUAAACUAUGCACUGAUAUGCUUUCUCAGGCCGAUUAACGCCUGCAUUUUGAGAAUUCUUUCGUACAAAUUAGUAAAUUUUUUUAUAUGCAAAUUAAGGUCGAAGAGAAGGGUCUCCUCUGAUUACGCUGGUAUGAAAAGUAUUUCAACUGAAGUUUCCAUAUUUUGUCUGUGAACUAACUGAAUACAUCUUGUAACUUGUAGCGAGAUAGAAUUCUGUGAGCUAUAUUAUCGCAGUCGCUGCCCGCUGGACAAAAUCUGUGAAAUUUACAUUUUCGAUCGUUGUCCACAGGGAUGGUCUGGACAAAAAUCAUUUCUGGCUUGUGGCGACGCAAAAAAAGAGAUUUGAAGAACAACUAGACUAUUUUUGAAACAUGUGUCCUAAACCCUUUUCAUGGGCGAAAAAUGAAAGAAAAAUGUUUUUCCGACGGGAAGUCGAAAGAACCGCUCUUAACGAGAGCGGCACUUAACUUCAGCUCGAUGUUAGAAACUAUAGAGUAGGUUCGACUAAAUUCAUAAUCUAAAUGGCUUUUGAUCAGCAAACAUGAAUCAUACACUGAAACAUUUUGCAUCGUCCAAGAAAUUUCUUUGGCAAUGGUGUCGUAAUCAUUCACCUAUUUAAAUUCAGUGCUGAAUGCCAGAGGCAAUUUUCACCAACGCAUUCAUAUGAUUUCUGAAUCAUUUUUCUAUUAUUAGGUAUUUUUGAUCCAAGUGAGCUUAUCAAUGAAAUUCGCCAGUUGUACAAGACUCGUGAGGGAUGGCUCUCACCAUUUCCAUGGUGUGAAGAGUUUCAGUUUUUUCUUGGCAAUAUUUUUACAAGGCUCAAAGUGGUCAGAAGAAAGAAAACGAGAGGAGAAAUCACUGACGUAUUUGUUGACAUGUCGUCAAUACUCGAUCCGUAUGAAGAGUGCUCAGCGCCGAGAACAGUGUUGAUUGAAGGAGAACCUGGUAUGGGAAAAACCACCUACUGUAAAAAGUACGCCUACGACUGGGCCACCAAAAAGCAAGAACUUCAGGGUAGCGGCUCAACAGUAUUCAAAGCGGUAUUGUUGCUGAAAUGUCGAGACAUUCAUUCUGAUAUUUGGGAAGCCAUUGAUGAUCAGCUUCUGCCUCGAGACAUCGAUGAAGAAGUUAAAGAUCAAUUAUUUCAGUUUAUUCGUGAAAAUCAGUCCAGCAUUUUAUUGAUAUUGGAUGGAUUGGAUGAGUUACCUUCCGGCAAAUUGCCGAUGUUUUCCGAAUUAAUUGAAGGAAGAGUACUCCCCAGAUGCCACAUAGUUGCAACAGCAAGACACGAAGCUGGAAAAGAGGUGAGAAAGUGCUGUGACACGCUACUUCAGAUCGAAGGAUAUACUGAAAACCAUGUGAAAGAGUUUGUCACCAAGUACUUUAAAGAAAGGCCGGAUUUAGCCACCAAGCUCUCGGAACGGAUAUCGCGAGAUAAAAACCUGAGAGAAAUGGCAGCCAAUCCUCUGAACACAGCACUUCUUUGUCUUUUAUGCGAAGAGUUUGAGGGCACACUCCCCGAAAACAGAGCUCAGCUGUACUUGGAUAUGGUUGAAUGUGUCUUGAGAAGAUAUAGGAAAAAGAAAGGAAUAUUAGAAACGGGAGUAGACCUGACAAACCUUUACAAACCGCUACUGAAUCACCUUGGGUGGGUAGCGUUGAAUGGUUUAAUUAACGGCAAGUUGGAUUUUGAUGAAACUGAAUUGGGAAAGCAUGCAAAAGACUUGACUGAGCUUGGAUUUCUGUCAGUGCAGCCUGGUGGUAGCAAAUUGAGACAAAAACUGCAUUAUGCUUUCUUACAUAAAAGUUUUCAAGAAUGCUUUGCAGCAUUCUUCAUUUGUUCUCAGAUUCAAAGCAGGGAAAUUAUACCUGAAGAACUAGUCUCCGAUCCAAGGUAUUUCUUUGACCUUAAAAAAGUACUUUUGUUUUCAUGCGGAAUUUUAGGCAUGAAAUGCGAUGAACAAGCUGUGGCACUUGUACAGAGUUUAACAAAUGAAGUCAACGAAAUUAAAGUCCGUGGUACAAAAGUUGUAUUGGAGGCCAUAAACGAAUGUAAAAGAGAAAAAAGCGAUUUUCACUCACAUUUAGCAAAGUAUUUUGGAACUGGUUUGAAUCUCACCUUUUUGUGCUUGGCUUACCAUAGUAUUGAUGAUACUGGUGCUACAUGUCUUGCUGAGGCAAUCAAAGUCAACAAGACGCUAACCAAUUUGGAUUUGUGUGGGAAUGCUAUUUGUGUUGCUGGUGCUACAUCUAUUGCUGAGGCACUCAAAGUCAACGAGACUCUAACCAAUUUGGAUUUGUCUUACAAUGGUAUUAGUAAUACUGGUGCUACAUCUAUUGCUGAGGCAAUCAAAGCCAACAAGACUCUUACCAAUUUGAAUUUAUCUCGCAAUGGUAUUUGUAAUACUGGUGCUACAUCUAUUGCUGAGGCAAUUAAAGUCAACAAGACGCUAACCAAUUUGAAUUUGUCUCGCAAUUGUAUCAGUGAAGCCGUUACUACAUCUAUUGCUGAGGGAAUCAAAGUCAACAAGACGCAAACAAAUUUGGAUUUGUCUCUAUAUGGUAUUAGUGAAGCCGGUGCUACAUCUAUUGAUGAGGCAAUUAAAGUCAACAAGACGCUAACGAAUUUGGAUUUGUCUGAGAAUGGUAUUUGUGUUGCCGGUGCUACAUCUAUCGCUGAGGCAAUCAAAGUCAACAAGACGCUAACCAAUUUGGAUUUGUCUGGGAAUGGUAUUCGUGUUGCCGGUGCUACAUCUAUUGCUGAAGCAAUCAAAGUUAACAAGACACUAACCAAUUUGAAUUUGUCUCGCAAUGUUAUUAGUGAUGCCGGUGCUACAUUUAUUGCUGAGGCAAUCAAAGUCAACAAGACUCUUGCCAAUUUGAAUUUGUCUCGCAAUGGUAUCAGUGAUACAGGUGCUUCGUUUAUUGCCGGGGCAAUCAAAGUUAACAAGACGCUAACCAAUCUGGAUUUGUCUUACGAUGCUAUUAGUGAUGCCGGUGCUACAUCUAUUGCUGAAGCAAUCAAAGUCAACAAGACGCUAACCAAUUUGAAUUUGUCUCUCAAUUAUAAUACAUAA